CUGUGCGCGUCGUCAACGUCCCUUGGAAACCCGCGACGCGCACAGCCCAUCCGGACACCGACUCUCCGGUGUGUCGGUGCGUGGGCUACUCCGCUUCCACGAUGAGGAUAAUAACGAUGAAUACAAUAUUAGCGGUCGUGGAGGCGAUAACGCCGAAUGGAGUCGAGCAGGGUGGAUUAAGGGGUCGCCAUGAAUGACAGGUACCACAAGGCGGCCCGGGACGGCUACCUGGACCUGCUGAAGGAGGCCACUCGGAAAGACCUCAACGCCCCGGAUGAGGAUGGCAUGACCCCGACGCUAUGGGCGGCUUACCACGGAAACCUGGAGGCUCUGCGGCUCAUCGUGGCGAGGGGAGGAAACCCAGACAAGUGCGACAUAUGGGGAAACACGCCGCUCCACCUGGCUGCCGCCAACGGUCACCACAACUGCCUUUUCUUUUUAGUGUCGUUUGGCGCCAAUGUAUGGUGCCUGGACAACGACUACCACACGCCACUGGACAUGGCCGCCACCAAGAACCACAUGGACUGCGUCCGCUACCUGGACUCCAUUGCCGCCAAGCAAACGGGCCUCAACCCCAAGCUGGUCAACAAACUAAAAGACCGGGCAUUCCGAGAUGCCGAGCGGCGGAUCAAAGAGUGCGCCAAGAUGCAGAAGAAGCACCGCAAGCGUAUGGAGAAGAAGUUCCAAAAGGAGGCACCUGAAGCAUCCUUGUCGGAUGUCAUGAGCUUUUCCAGUUACAGCAGCGGCUCUGUUAGCCACAAGCUACACAACCUCAACACAGCCGCCGUCAGUGUGCCAUAUUCUCAGGCUACCCUUCAUGCCACGAAUCGAGGGAAGACAAAGAUCCAGAAGAAGCUGGAGAAGAAAAAACAAGGAGACGGGACCUUUAAGAUCUACGAGGACGGGAGGAAGAGUGUGCGCUCCCUCUCUGGACUCCAGCUGGGCAACGAUGUCAUGUUCAUCAAACCGGGCACGUACGUCAACCCCAAGGAAUAUGGUCGCCGCAACAUCCGUGACAUGUUCCCCAGAGACGACGACACCAUUUCACGUGCCAUCAGCGAGCCGGACCUCCAUGGAAACUAUGUGGACCACUCAGAGGUCAGCACAGACUCUGGACAUGAUUCCCUGUUCAACCGGCCUGGUUUGGGCACCAUGGUCUUCAGGAGAAACUACGUGAGCGGGGGGAUGUUUGACCUGAAUGGUCAAGAGGGAGCUGACGACACGGGCAACACGGUGCGUCUCCGCAGCAGGCUGCAUCCCCACCGCAGUCUGGAUGAGGACAGCAUCGGGAGUGCUCGCAGCCUGCAGGAGAGGAACCUCGAUGAGCUUCCCUGGGAGGAGGUGGAAUUAGGGCUGGACGACGAUGAUGAAGCCCACACCAGCCCGUUGGAGGUGUUCUUGGCCGCACAGAGUAUGAGCGACUUCUUCUCCAUCUUCAGGAGGGAAAAGAUCGACCUGGAAGCACUGCUGCUGUGCUCUGAUCAUGAUCUCAAGAGCAUCCACAUCCCUUUAGGUCCCAGGAAAAAGAUUUUAGAUGCCUGUCAGAGACGCCUGGAAACCAUCGAGGACCCAGAGUCCAUUGAGGACACUGAACUGUGAGUGCACUUCCUACUGUGUGUCCAAUGUGGUCACCUGCACAAUCUAACGAGAUCCAAUACAAAGGUGUCUGAAUCAGUGUAACAGUGUGACAAUAUUGCCUGCAUGUAUGUUUUUGUUUCACGUGCAUGCAUGUACAUUGUCAAAUACAACUGUAAAACAUUUCAUGAAAAGGGAUUCUACUGCUACAAAAAAACCUUUCAACACAACAACACAGUGACUAAAAUGGAAGUCUGCAGUCUUGGAUCUGCUAGAUGGAGGUCAGGAGAGUCACAUUUCCAACCAUGACCUGCUUACUUAGCUGCUCUAUGUGCGGACUACUAUUACAUUAGUCAGCAGGGAGGUCUGCAGCCAGGCUUUUAAAUGUUGUCUUUUAAAAUACUCUAGUUGCUUUUGUCUCCAUCCAAUCGUCAUGCAAAACUUAAUUAUAUACAGUAUAAUGUGGAUGAACUAUAAUGACAAUUUAAACUCAGAUCCGAACACCAUCUACACACACAAUACCCUCUUGCACACAGAAUUAGUGCAGUAGUGGUUUUCUAUGGCAAAUCUUAUGGUGGGCCUUUGUUCUCUUUCUGUUGUGCAGAUGAUUCAAAUGGAAGUCAGAGUAUCAAUACUUCAUGAAGACAAAACUGAGAGAACUAAAUGAUCUUCCUGCCUUGUUUACAGACCAUAAAGGAAUACUGGAGGUGACCUAUGCAAAUAUUUAAAGUUGAACAAACUUGCUGGGUCAUUGACCACACUUUUCUUUAACCAUGUUUUCCCCAAUGGGGUCAACCAAGCGUCAUGUGCCUGCAUGGCUCGUGCCUGUGCAUUCACUUUAAAAUGUCUCUUGUUUUCAACUAAACACACUUGACAUGCAUUUUCUUUUGAAAUGAUCCUGCAUGCUCCUCUAUGUUUUUCAUUUGUAUUUGAUGGCCAUGUUUACACUCACAGCAAACCUGAUAUGACCUGGUUGGCUCUGAUUUACCAUGGAAACCUUUAUAAUUAGGCAUGUCUGCAAAAAAAAUGGUGAUAUCAGUGUGGGGAUCUUCCUUUUAGCGAUGUAGAGCAUGUAGCACAUAUGUACAUAGUAUUUGCAGAGAAAAUGCAGUCAGUGCAUUCAGUUACUCAAGAAAAAUAUAUGUGAUGUUACACAUAUUGGUAUAGGUAUUGGUAUAUUGGUUAUCAAAAAAGCCAAUAUCGGACAUCACUACUUAUAAUACUUGCAUAUGUGUACAAAUAUAUAGUGCACGUUGAGUCAAUAUUGGUAUAGAUAAUGUUAGCCUUAUCUUUGAACAUUCUCAUCCUGCACAAAAACAGAUGCCUGUCUUUAUAAUUUGAUUUGAAUGUUCUAGUAUUUUGAUAUAUCAUAAAUGCAUUAAACUACAUGUUUGCUUUUGCUCUUGCAUAGAUCAAGUGCACUUUAAGUGAGUACGUCAUAUUGAGUGUUUAUGUAGACAUUUUACGCUUAUGCCGAUGCGUCAGUGCACACACCCACACACAUAACACAGCGUCACUGCAGCCUGCAUAUCAA